AUGAAAACGUGUAAAUCAAUGAACCGUAAAAGGAUCAACGUCACCCUGCUUCUUCAUGGCUCUGGGAUGCCGCAACCGAUGCUUCAAUGGAGGAUUUUAUUCGUCGUAUUGUUUGUGAUACUCGUAUCAUCCCCUUACGGUGACAGUCGUGCUAGGAAUCCACUGAAUGUUCAAAAGGUGAUCGCCAAUAGCAAAACAGUUAGAUUAAACAAGGACGAGACAUCUACUAAUCACGUAGAUGAUGAAUGGUAUCAAGGAAGUCUUCCGGUAGGGCAAGGUGGAGAGUUAUUGGAAUCAGUGUCCAUACAAAACCAGAAGGCAAAUGUUUAUAUACAAGGGCGUCCUUUUGUUAAUUUUACGCACAAUGUUACGGAGGAUUAUCAAUUAGUAAUACACAACGAAGAGACUGUAUCACAUAAAAGAUUUAAAAGAGGAGUAAUACAUCUCUAUAAUAUGUUAGUUUGUGCUACUGGAUGCAAUCCUUUAGCUUACAAAGGAUACGGAUGUUAUUGCGGUUUUUUGGGUUCAGGAUAUGUAAUAGAUGGAAUAGAUAGGUGUUGUAAAAUGCAUGACUGGUGUUACGAUGCUACUGAUUGCCCAAUGUUUUCAGAGUAUUUUGUACCAUAUUAUUGGAGAUGUUAUCACGGUUACAAGCCAGUAUGCGCUGUUGAACACGGAAACUGGGGAGGAUCUGGAUCGUGUGCUCAACGAUUAUGCGAAUGUGAUCGUUCGUUCGCCGAAUGUUUAAAACGUUACCCUUGCCCGACGACCAAAGCUGUAUGUACCUCGUCGCCUUGGAGAUUGGUACAAAAUCUUUUUAUGACUAUGUAAUUAUCGACCGGAUUACGAAAUAUACGUAAUAGAAUUGUAAAAUUAAUUCAUAAAGUAGGUUAACAUGCCAAAGAAUGUGCUUCCAUAAAUUUUAUAAUA